GAGGUCCGAGCCUCGCGUCGCCAGACCUGCUGGGGCGCCUGCGCGGUUUGGGCAGCGAGCUCGCGCGCGAGGCGGGGCGCGCGCGGAGCCGCCUCGGAUCGCUGGGCGGCGGCGGCGGCCGAGAAGGCCCGCUCGUCGCGGAGUGCCCCCCGGAGCUGCCGGCAGAGGCGCAGCACCGCAGCUGCCGCCUGUGGGGGCCGCCCCGGCGCCUGACGCAGCCAGAGGCCUCCCGCGCUGGCGGCCGUCCGCAGAAGGAGCUCCGCCCCCAGCGGCCCCUGGAGGCCGGCGGCUACAUCCGCCGCCACUCCACGCCGCAGCUGCAGCCACCCUGCGCGGCGGCCAGCUGGGACGCCUUCCCAGGCGAGCCCCGCAGCCUCGACCACCACGAGGAGGCGCAUGCGCGGCCGCCCGCCGCGCGAAUCGCUGGAUGA